GUAGGCAUCUUAUUUCUAAGAUUCAAAACUCACAUGUGUAGGAGGUUUACCUAAAGAUAUCCUUUGAAUGACUUAAUGGUGUAAGAAAUUAUUUACACUAAGGUGUAUAAAAUUUGAACUCAACUUUUAUACCAAAAAAAAAAAAAAAACUUUUCAACUCUACAAUGUCAAAGAAUUUCUACACCAUUAGAUCUCCUAAAAGAUUCUAGUAACAAUAAGUAACUUGUAAUAAUAAGUGGAGUUAGUGACCUAAUAACUAGGUAUAUAAUUUGCUAUAAUAGGUUAAGUUACACUCAUAACGUGAACAUUUUUUUAUACGGUCUAUGUAUAUAUAAAAGUUAAAUGCUUUAAUUUAUUUCAAGAAAUGCCAAUUUUAUCAAGUUUUGCCUUCAACUCUGGACACUGCUACAUUUAUUGGACUUGGACCCUAUAUUGCCUCCUUGCCCAUAACUACUUCCUUUUCUUUAUGCUAUAUAUAGCUAAAAACACAUCCAUUAUCCAAGGCAUUCAAGAGUCAGAACCAAGUUUGCUGAGCACAAAAAGAUAGUAAGAAAAAUGGCCUGCUGGUCAGCUGAAAAUGCUACAAAGGCCUAUCUCAGAGCAAUAAAAAUGGGAAAGAGAGCAAAGGAGCCAGAGAUGGCAGAGUUCAUUUCAGCACUUGCUGCAGGCAACAAUGCACAACUUAUGGUUGUUGCAUGUGCCGGUGCAGCUGACUCGGCCACCGCACUAGCCCUAGUGGCUGCAGCCCAUCAGACAGGUGGCCGAGUCAUCUGCAUCAUUGGAUCAGCUGACGAGCUGAAUCCAUCAAUAGAAUCUCUAUGCGAUAACUCUAGGCAUGUGGACUUUGUCAUUGGAGAUGCCAAGACUUUACUAAUGAAUGACUAUAGAGAAGCGGAUUUCGUACUCAUUGACUGCAACCUCCACAACUGCGAAGGCAUCCUUCAAACAGCCCGAAUGAUGGGAGAAAACGUGAGCGUUUUGGGGUACAAUGCGCUAUGUAUGGGUUCGUGGAGAUGCCAAAGCUUCAAUGCUCAUUUGUUGCCUAUAGGGGAAGGGUUGUUGGUGACUACUAAUAGAACGGUGAAAAAAGGAGGAAAUUUGGGAGUUUCAGGGAAGAAGAGUAGGUGGAUUGUGAAAGUAGAUAAAUGCACAGGGGAAGAACAUGUUUUCAGAAUCAGGGGAAAGCCAGUUGAAGCCUAAUUAGGCUCUCUGAUUUGUGAACUCUCUGUGAUAGAUUGGUAGUGUAGAUUAAUUAGGAGAAGAAGAUUUUUCCACCAUGUCAAAUGCUAAACAGAGAUUUGCAUUCUCUGUUUAGUAGGCUAUAUGAUUUUGAACUGUGAAUAGCUGCAAUAGUAAUUAAUUAAGCCUGUUGAUUAGUAUAUACUUUGCCAUUUUGCAUAAUGCAAAUGUUGU